AUGAAUUCUCUUCUUCGGUUGAGCCAGCUGGCUGGACCAGCCCACAUUCGUGCUCUUCACUCGUCCUCAUCAGUUUGGAGCAAGGUCGCACUCAGCAAAUUCGAGCCAAAUGCAUAUCUUCCAUACGAACGUCUCUCCCAGAAUGUCAAAAUCGUGAAAGACAGACUGAAGCGUCCACUGACCCUCUCCGAGAAGAUUCUCUAUGGACAUUUGGACCAGCCAAAGACUCAGGAUAUCGAAAGAGGAAUAUCCUAUCUUCGUCUCCGCCCAGACCGUGUCGCUAUGCAAGAUGCCACCGCUCAGAUGGCUAUGCUUCAGUUCAUCAGCUCCGGACUCCCAAAAACCGCCGUUCCAUCGACCAUUCACUGUGAUCACUUGAUCGAAGCCCAGAAGGGAGGAGCUCAAGAUUUAGCUCGUGCUAAGGACCUCAACAAGGAAGUCUUCAACUUCCUCGCCACCGCUGGAAGCAAGUAUGGAGUUGGAUUCUGGAAGCCAGGAUCUGGAAUUAUCCAUCAAAUCAUUCUCGAGAAUUACGCUUUCCCAGGACUCCUCUUGAUCGGAACUGACUCUCACACACCAAACGGAGGAGGUCUUGGAGGACUUUGCAUUGGAGUCGGAGGUGCCGACGCUGUCGAUGUGAUGGCUGAUAUUCCAUGGGAGCUCAAGUGCCCAAAGGUUAUCGGAAUCAAGCUCACCGGAAAGCUCAACGGAUGGACUUCUGCUAAGGACAUCAUUCUCAAGGUCGCCGACAUUCUUACCGUUAAAGGAGGAACCGGAGCUAUCGUUGAAUACUACGGACCAGGAGUCGACUCACUCUCCGCCACCGGAAUGGGAACUAUCUGCAACAUGGGAGCUGAAAUCGGAGCCACCACUUCCGUCUUCCCAUACAAUGAGAGCAUGUACAAAUAUCUCGAGGCUACUGGCCGUAAGGAUAUCGCUGAUGAGGCUAGAAAGUACAAGGACCUCCUCACCGCCGAUGACGGAGCUCAUUACGAUCAAAUCAUCGAAAUCAACCUCGACACUCUUACCCCACACGUCAACGGACCAUUCACUCCAGAUCUUGCUUCUCCAAUCGACAAACUUGGAGAGAACGCCAAGAAGAACGGAUGGCCACUUGAUGUCAAGGUCUCCCUUAUUGGAUCAUGCACCAACUCCUCAUACGAAGACAUGACUCGUGCCGCUUCUAUCGCCAAGCAAGCUCUCGACAAAGGACUCAAGGCUAAGACCAUCUUCACAAUCACCCCAGGAUCCGAACAAGUUCGUGCCACCAUCGAGAGAGACGGACUUUCCAAGAUCUUCGCCGAUUUCGGAGGAAUGGUUCUUGCCAACGCUUGCGGACCAUGCAUUGGACAAUGGGACCGUCAAGAUGUGAAGAAGGGAGAGAAGAACACCAUUGUCACCUCCUAUAACCGUAACUUCACCGGAAGAAACGACGCCAACCCAGCCACUCACGGAUUCGUCACCUCCCCAGAUAUCACCACUGCCAUGGCCAUCUCUGGACGUCUCGACUUUAAUCCACUCACUGAUGAGCUCACCGCUGCUGACGGAAGCAAGUUCAAGCUCCAACCACCAACCGGACUUGACCUCCCACCAAAGGGAUACGAUCCAGGAGAGGACACCUUCCAAGCUCCAACCGGAAAGGGACAAGUUGAUGUGGCCCCAACUUCGGAUCGCCUUCAACUCUUGGCUCCAUUCGACAGAUGGGACGGAAAGGAUUUGACCGAUUUGAAGAUUCUCAUCAAGGUUAAAGGAAAGUGUACCACCGAUCACAUCUCAGCCGCCGGACCAUGGCUCAAAUACCGUGGACAUUUGGACAACAUCUCCAACAAUCUUUUCCUUACCGCUGUGAACGCUGAGAACGGAGAGAUGAACAAGGUCAAGAAUCAAGUCACCGGAGAGUAUGGACCAGUUCCAGCCACUGCUCGCAAGUACAAGGCUGAUGGAGUGAAAUGGGUUGCUAUCGGAGACGAGAACUACGGAGAAGGAUCUUCUCGCGAACAUGCCGCUUUGGAGCCACGUCAUCUUGGAGGAAGAGCUAUCAUUGUCAAGUCAUUCGCCCGUAUUCAUGAGACCAACUUGAAGAAGCAAGGAAUGCUCCCACUCACAUUUGCCAACCCAGCCGACUACGAUAAGAUCGACCCAUCUGAUGAUGUCUCCAUUGUCGGACUUGCCAGCUUCGCCCCAGGAAAACCAUUGACCGCCAUCUUCAAGAAGCAGAAUGGAUCAAAGGUCGAGGUGACCUUGAACCACACCUUCAACGAGCAACAAAUCGAGUGGUUCAAGGCCGGAUCUGCCCUCAACAGAAUGAAGGAAGUGUUCGCCAAGAGCAAAUAA